AUGCGAGUUUGCUGGACAAAAUAUCAUGAGAACAUUGUCUCCAACAACCAAGCAGCAGACGUCCAUCAGCUAGCCGAGGAAUUUAGAUCGCAGUACAGUGAGCUAAACCCAAAGACCCCAGCUUCAGCUUCACAAGCUCCAUCCCUAUCGAGGGCUGCAUUCGCAACCCUCCACGGCCAGUCGGACAAUAGCGCAGAAUCAAGCCCAUACAAGAAUCGACACUGCCCUUGUGGCAACAGGCACAAACCGUGGAAAUGCUGGGUGAUCAACGAGAACGCCCCAAACAGACCAAUGGAUUACGACCCGCCGCGGAAACGCAAGGAGAAAGUCGAUAAGGUGUUAAAGGCAGAUUGGGUUUAG